AUGUCUGACAACGUAUAUAUCGUUUCUGCCGCCAGGACACCUGUUGGUUCUUUUCAAGGUUCUUUAGCAGCCAAGAGUGCUAUCGAGCUUGGUGCUGCCGCUGUUCAAGGUGCAAUUUCUAAAAUUCCUGAAUUGAAUCCAGCCCGCGAUUUCGACGAGAUUAUUUUUGGUAAUGUGCUAUCAGCCAAUCUUGGUCAGGCCCCAGCGAGACAGGUUGCACUUGCUGCUGGGUUGGACAAUCAUAUUGUUGCUACAACAGUCAACAAAGUUUGUGCAUCUGCAAUGAAGGCUAUCAUUCUAGGUGCACAAACCAUCAAAUGCGGUAAUGCAGAUGUUGUUGUCGCAGGUGGUUGUGAAUCCAUGACCAAUGCUCCUUACUAUAUGCCAGCAGCACGUUCUGGUGCAAGAUUCGGUGAAACCAAAUUGGUUGACGGUAUCCAAAGAGAUGGUCUUAAUGAUGCAUAUGAUAACCAGGCUAUGGGGGUUCAUGCAGAAAAAUGUGCUCGUGAUUGGCAAUGCACCCGUGAGGAGCAGGAUAACUUUGCCAUUGCGUCCUAUCAAAAAGCUCAAAAAGCACAGAACGAUGGUAAAUUUGAUAAGGAAAUUGUCUCUGUUACUAUAAAGGGUUUCAGAGGUAAGGCUGAUACGGUUGUUUCCAAAGAUGAAGAACCUUCAAAGUUAAACGUCGAAAAACUCAGAUCAGCAAGAACAGUUUUCCAAAGGGAGAAUGGUACAGUUACUGCACCAAAUGCUUCACCAAUUAAUGACGGUAGUGCUGCAGUCGUCUUGGUUUCAGAAAAAAAAUUGAAAGAAUUAAAGCUAAAGCCCAUCGCUAUUAUCAAAGGUUGGGGUGAGGCUGCCCAUGAUCCAGCAGAUUUUACCUGGGCUCCUUCACUAGCAGUUCCGAAGGCAUUGAAGCAUGCCAACGUUGAUAUCAAUUCAGUUGAUUUCUUUGAAUUCAACGAAGCAUUUUCUGUUGUUGGUCUUGCUAAUACAAAGAUCUUGAAAUUGGAUCCAAAAAAAGUCAAUGUUUAUGGUGGUGCUGUAGCUAUUGGUCAUCCAUUAGGUUGCUCUGGUGCUAGAAUCAUUGUUACUUUGCUGUCAAUUUUAGAGCAAGAGAAUGGUAAAUUAGGUGUUGCUGCUAUCUGUAACGGUGGUGGCGGUGCUUCUUCCAUUGUCAUUGAAAAAAUCUAG